UGUUAUUUGUCUGCAAUAACCACAACGUCAUGAUGACUGCAAAAAUUAAAAGACAGUGAAGAGAAACCGACGUCAACCACCAGUGUGGAAAAACACUGAGGAACACAUGGUAAUGAAAGAGUGCAAACAGUAUAUUCCGGCGUUUGCGCAAGUCGCAUGUUUGUGAUGAAAGCGGAAGUGACCCGUGUAGAAAGCGCCGAUCGUAUGAAUAUUUACAAAGUCAGAUUUGACUGCGAUUCCGCGUAAACAACCAAUUUGACCAAUAAGUGAGCGUUCAUCAAGCCACGCGCAUCAACGUAGGGUCGCAGCGCAAUGACAAAAGUGCAGAGUUUAAACGCCUACGUGACGGAGAGGCUCAUGCUGGCCGCUCGGGAGAUACUGGAGGUAGUGUCGGACGCGGUGCUGGAGCUCCAGGAAGAAGUGGGCCGCGCGCGACGCGAGAGCGAGCGGCUCCGGAAGCGGCUGUACGAGGUCAGCUUCCACGCGCAGGCUAUCUUACACGAGUCUGGUUGCCCAUCCACUCUCCCUGCCAGAGGGACACCUGAAGUGCUGCAGUGGGGAUCUGGCCCAAAGGAGGGUGCUGAACAUGCACUAACUGGAGGGCUGCAGGAAAGUACAGAGCAGCUCCAGAGCAAAGUGGAGCACCCGGAGCUGGAAGCGCAAAGGGUCGAUUCCUCUGGAUUCACACGGGUGUUUGACAGAAGUCCCUCUGGUGAAGAGUUCUUGCAGUCUGUGCUUGCGGUCGAAACUUCAACCGUGGGCGCAGAGGAAGGGGAGCCUCUUUGCAGUGCUUUACCUGAGCAGGUGAAAGUAGAGCCAGCAGGUGCAGGAGAUUACAGCACAACAGAAGAACACAACCUAAACUCCUUCAGUAUGUUGUAUCCACAAAGUGGUGCACAGUAUAGUGCACAGAUGUUCAACUGUGAAGAGAUGCACUCUGAAGGAAAGAUGAGUCAGGUCAGAGGACAUGCUUCAUAUUCCUGUCCUCUGUGCACCAAAACCUUCUGCCGAGGAUCUCACCUUAAAUUACACAUGCGAGUUCACACGGGUGAGAAGCCAUAUUCUUGUGCGGUCUGUGGGAAACGGUUCAGCCAGUCGGUACAUUUAAAGGUGCAUCUACGAGUUCACACAGGAGAAAAGCCAUACAGCUGCACCGUGUGUGGGAAGCGUUUCAGUCAGUCGAGCAAGGUUAAAGGACAUCUACAGAUUCACGCUCGGCAGAAAUCGGAGUGUUCGGAUUUACAAGGGAAGGACAAUCGUACUCUGUUCACGACACAUGGAAGUCCACUGCUUCACAUAGGAGAACACAGUGAAGAGACUUGAGUGGAGAUGUGCUUCAAAUGUGGUGCUUUUGCCAUCGCUUGCUGUUCAUGUCUGAUUAGACAGAUGAAGUGCGACUGAGACCAGAAGUCUGUCCGUAAUUCAACUUGGUCCUAAAUUGAACUAUUGCAUCACAGCCAAUAAAAGCUUUAUAGCACACA